UAUACAUACAAGUCUUCAAUUUCUGGCCCUCACUUUUGGUCUGUGGAGGAAGGUUCACAGCGUUAUAAUCAAGGCAAUAUUGCCAUUCGUCCACAGAAUUCUACUGAGCUGUAUACUCUUUUGCCACCGAGUCCUGAUGAGCUGCAAGAAGCUAUGUGUGUCAUAUUCUCGGGACAGAAAAUACGACUGUCACACAACACUGUCAGAAAAAUGGGACCUGUGUUGGUCACAAAGAGUAGAGUUCAAAAGUUGAUUCAGUUCUUAAUCGAAAAUAAUUCAUGGUAUCAGCAUAGUGGUGUAACAUAUAGUCAGUCCAAUAUGGACACACUGUUCGAUGAGAUCAAUUUGAAAUCAGACACAAGUCUGCUGAGCGCUCUAUCAGUUUGUCAUUUGCCGAUGGAAAGUCAGGUUCCAGUGGACGAGGAGCUCUCGUGA